AUGGCCGCCCUCUCCAUCGACGUUCAGCCCGCUCCCCGUUCACCCAGCCGUGCUGGGCAUCGGCCACCUCUCCAGCGCUCCUCCCCCUUCCUCCCCCUCCGCCCCGACCUUGCGCCGCUCCACACUCUCGAUCUCCCUCCUCUCGAUUCGCCCAACAGUGACUGCGGAAGCAGCCCCUCUAGCUCUUGCAGCAGCGAUUCGGACGAAGAUAUCAAGGUCCACCUUGCCCCACUGUGUCCCCCGUCCCCGCCCUCGCCCACUUCUCCGUCUGAGGACGCGCUCUGGUCGUCCCCGCCCGCGUCAGAAGGAGAGGAAGAGAGUGAUCUGGACGUAGACUGGGACGCACGGCAUGGCGAGUGCGCCCUCCCCUCCCUCUUCUCUCCUCCAUCCACCACCCAACAAAUCCACCCCUGGCCGCCCACUCCCCCUCCUCCCAUGGAAGAGCACCAUCCACACGCCCACUACGGCUGGUCAAAUCAUGCGCUCUCGAAUCUCAAGGCUAUGCUCUGGUACCGCCGCCACUACGCUUGGUGGGUCUACGACGAGACCCUUCGCCACUACGCCUCGUCCCCUUCUUCGUCGUCGUCGUCUUCUCCCAUGUCCUCCUUCCCGUCUACCCCCUCAAACUAUCUCCCAGAGUCACCUGUUCUUCCCCGCUCUCGCGACACGCCCUGGUUCACCGCCAACGGCAUCCAACCACCCUCACACGAUCACUCCCUGACCAGGCAUGGUGCGCACCCCGAGCCGCGAUGGCAGUGUUUCGACCCUCGCAGUGCCAUCUUCCCCCGGGUCGGCGACAUUUCCGACCUCCACGACCCAUACAGUGAGGCCAUUGACCGCGCUUUCCUUCACUGGCCAUCGUACGGACUCAGCAAGGCCGUUUUUCUCAACGACAUGCUGCGGCGCGUGCGCGAGGCCACUUCGUUGUCUUCCUGGGGCUCUCCUACCUUGUCGUCAAUUGGCAACCGCGCCGCCCGGGCAUGGACGGAGCCCGACUCGCCGGCUUCGACGUACAGUCAGGACGCGACGGCGGACACCCGGGCCGCGGUGCCCGUGCAAGUGCAAGGGUCUAUUGUCGUCAUGGACGACGAAUUUGAAGACAACCACCGAUUCGCCACCCCGUCGCCUUCCGUGCUCUCCCCUUCGAGUUCGCUCCCCUGUGCUGUGUUCUCGGUACCCUCUGAGAUGAGCUGGAGGGCACGGUGGCAGCUGCUCGUCCGAAUGUACCCAACACCCCUCCCUCCGAUCCCACAACCUCAACCGCGCCUCCCCUCGAUGGAGGAUCUCUCCCAGGUCGGGCCACCAUACGAGCUCACCGUUUACGACGCAGGCGCGGCAUCAGAAGAUGACGCGCUUGAACUCACAACCGCGCUCGAGGCCUCCGAAGAGCUCGCGCAGAUCGUGGUCGCGCUGCCGCCGCCGGUACCUUCGACUGGCGCUGCACCUCCCUACACCGCCCUCGAGACAGACGCGCCUCCUCAUUACGAUCCUCUGCCACCUCCGCGCGCACCGACGCCGCACCCGGGCGCGGUGGGAAGGAUGGACGUGACAGGUUCGAGCCCGGUGGUCCGGCUGCCUUCAUCGCCGCCGCUCCGCGCGAGGCAUGUCAAGAACGCCGACGCCGUGCAGUUCCGGGUUGCGCCGCCCCCGCCGCGGCCGGACUCGCCACGGUUCUCCUUCUUCGUCGGUGGCGAUGGCGAUGAUAGCGAUGGAGACAGAUGA